AUGGCUGACACAGAACACAGGUCUCAAGCAUACAAAUACUACAUUGCAAGUGUUAUCUGCCUGGCAAUGAUGAUGUGCAAUUUCCUGGCAGCCGGUCCAACAAUUGCGAUCAUCUCAACAACGGGAGACUUCUUCAAAGGGGCAAAUCCAGCUUCAGAUAUCGGCUACUUCAAUGACUCAAUAGCCAAAGUCGCAUACUUCUUCACCACCACGUCCCUGAUGCAGGGCCUUGGGAAUUUCUUCUGGGUCCCAAUAGCUAAUAAGUACGGUCGGCGGCCUACGUACAUAUUUAGCUAUGUCAUUUAUAUCGCCUGCGCGAUCUGGCUCUGCUUUGAACGCUCUUAUCAUGGCUUUCUAGCGGGGAGAAUCCUCAUGGGCUUUGGCGCUGGUGCCGCGGAAACUAUUGCCCCUAUUACCAUUUCUGACAUCUUCUUCCUGCAUGAACGAGGCGCCGUGAUGGCAUUCUACACAGCCUUCUUGUCAGCUGGCGUGACUGGAGGCAUACUGAUCACUAUCAACCACACCUGGAGGACCAUCUACCAAGUUGCCUCCGUUUUGAUCGGAUUCGUGCUACUCUUAGCAAUCUUCACCUUCCCCGAGACGGCGUACAUUCGCAACCAGCAGGACAACAACGAACCAUGCGCACCCGGCACGGAAAAGUCCGAAAAAUCCUUGACCACAACACACGACACCGAGCGUCUAGAGACCGCUAUCCCCGCCAAACAGUCCUACCUGCCAUCACUCAAAAUCUUCCAUCGCACCCUCACCACCGAAAACAUCCUCAAACUGAUCGUUCGACCCAUGGGCUUAAUCUGUCUCCCCCCGGUGCUCUGGGCCGCCCUCAUCCAAGCCGUCACCAUCGGCUUUCUAGUAGCAGUCACCUCGAACGUUGAUGUCGCCUUCAACACGACCUACGGCUUUGCGUCAUGGCAAGUCGGCCUUUGCUUUAUUAGCGGUAUCAUCGGUGCUCUCUUGGGCAUCCCCGCUGGAGGCCAGCUAGGCGACAAGGUGGCAGACUGGUUCACGAAGCGCAACGGCGGCGUGAGGGAUCCGGAGAUGCGUCUUCCUGCUAUGCUGCCGUCGCUUAUCACGACUCCGUUAGCGCUAGUUCUUUAUGGCGUGGGGAUAGAGCAUAAGUUGCAUUGGAUCGUGCCUACUAUUGGUCUGGGGCUGUUAAACUUCUCCAUCACCCAAGCAACCAAUAUCUGCCUCGUCUAUGUCAUCGACGCUUACCGGCCUGUAGCCGGGGAGAUCACGCUGGCAGUAAUGGGCUUCAAGGCGCUGUUCGGGUUCUUGCUCUCGUUCUACACGAACCCCUGGGUCAGCAAGUCCGGGUACCAGAACGCCUAUGGCACCAUGGCGGCGCUUUCGGCUGCCGUGCUCCUGAUGGGAGCGCCGCUCUAUGUCUGGGGCAAGCAGAUCCGCCAUGUCAGUUGGCGGUGGCCGGUUAUUUCCUACAUUCAUUGGCAUGCGGAUCGGGAGGUUGGCGAGUGA